CAACUUCUCCAUAUGGCACGGAACAACGGAGACCGAUCUCAUCUUGCAAUUCACCCUCUGUACCUGCACCUCGUGGCCUUCUGACGGCUGAACUGCGGCUCAGGGUCAUAUCUUCCGACAUCAGAUCCACAAUAGGCGGCUUGCUAGCCGCUUUGGGCGCGGGCCACCUUCUCCGCAUACCCUUUACGGACCACAUCACGGUGCUACGAACGGCUCGAUGGAGCUCAACGCGGCACCACAUGCUCCGGCCAAGUCAAUUGUCUGAUUUAGCAUGGUAGAGGGAUGUCCAGUCGUCAUUCAAGAAGAAAGGGCGUCCCCAGUGGUGGUGCUGCUUACCCCGCUAAUUGGUAGUCUCAGGCAGCGAUUUCUAAGGGCUGGCAGGAGGUUCGAUCGGUCAUUACCAUCUUGAACUUCAUCCAUCAUGGCAAAAGCACAAGCUCUGAGCGCUCACGUGCUUUCGAAGGGUUGGACCUUCAAGCAGGCUGAUGAUACUGCUGAUGAUGCUUGGAUGUCGGUCAACAAGGUUCCGACAAAUGUACACCUGGACUUGAUGGACCACGGCAAAAUUCCGGAUCCUUUCCUGGGCUUCAAUGAGCUUGACGCAGAGUGGGUGGCAGACAAGGUUUGGAUAUAUAAAGUUGAGCUGCCCAAGGUACAGGAAGCAAAAGAAGGUAUUACACACGUGCUUGCCUUCGACGGUCUGGACACAUUCGCUACAGUCAAGCUCAAUGGAGAGACUAUCCUCGAGAGCGACAAUAUGUUCGUCCCGCAUCGCCUCGAUGUGACUAAGAAGCUCAAUUCUGAGAGCACGAACACUUUGGAGAUCGACUUUGCAUCUGCCCGUCUGGAGGCCAUCAAGAUCAAGGAGAAGUACCCAGACCACAGAUGGGUUGGAUUCAAUGGCGAUAUGGCAAGGCUCGCAGUGAGGAAAGCUCAGUACCAUUGGGGCUGGGAUUGGGGCCCAAUCCUGAACACGUGCGGUCCCUGGCGUGAAGUGCGAUUGGAAACCUACCAGGCAAGGGCCAAGGAUCUGAGAGUCGACUACAAACUCGAUGAUAGCCUAAAAUCAGUCCAGGGAACCAUUUCUGCUACUGUGGAAGGACCGACUGCAGACAGCGUUAGCUUUGAUGUUUUCGAUGGAGAUCAACGAGUCUUUAGGGAGACUGCAAAGAUUAGCGAGGGUGUGGCCAAAGUGGAUUUCCAUGUCAGCAGUCCGAAGUUGUGGUACCCCCAUGGUUAUGGCGAGCAGCCUUUGUAUACCGUUACUGCGACGGUUCUCACGAAUGGAGCAGAGACACAUCAAACGUCACGUCGAACAGGUUUUCGGAAAGGCGAACUCAUACAGGUGCCAGAUGCUAUUGGAAAAAGCUUCUACUUCCGGGUCAACGGCGUUGAUGUCUUUUGUGGUGGCUCGGACUGGAUUCCUGCCGACUCUUUUACUCCACGUGUGACCGAAGAAAAAUAUCGUAAAUGGCUCGAGAUGAUGGUUGAUGGCUAUCAGAUAAUGAUCAGAAUCUGGGGUGGCGGCAUCUGGGAAGAAGACAUCUUCUAUGACAUCUGCGAUGAACUCGGUGUCCUGGUGUGGCAAGAUUUCAUGUUUGGCUGCGGCAAUUAUCCCGCCUUUCCGGACAUCCUGCGAUCAAUCAAGGAAGAGUGCACCGCAAACGUCACCAGACUGCGACAUCACCCUUCCAUCAUCAUCUAUGCCGGAAAUAAUGAGGACUACCAGGUGCAGGAGUCGUAUGGCUUGACAUACGAUUACGAGGACAAGAAUCCAGAGAACUGGCUCAAGACUGACUUCCCGGCUCGAUACAUAUACGAAAAGCUACUGCCUGACGUCGUUGCGGCGGAAAGUCCACAUGUUCCAUACCAUCCAGGAUCACCAUGGGGCGACGGCCUUAAGACGUCAAACCCCACAGUGGGUGACAUGCAUCAAUGGAACGUGUGGCAUGGCACACAGGAAAAAUACCAGAUUUUUGAUACGCUAGGCGGCCGCUUCAACAGCGAAUUCGGCAUGGAAGCAUUUCCACAUAUCGACACGAUCAAGUACUAUUGCACCGAUCCUUCUCAGUUGUACCCGCAAAGCCACAUGCUUGAUUUUCAUAAUAAAGCGGACGGACAUGAGCGAAGGAUAGCCACGUAUUUGGUGGAGAACUUCCGCACCAAGACUGAUCUAGAGUCGUUCAUCCACCUAACACAGCUAUCCCAAGCCGAAGCACUAAUGUUCGGCUACAGGGGCUGGAGACGACAGUGGGGUCAAAACAGGCAUUGUGGUGGUGCACUCGUCUGGCAGCUCAACGACUGCUGGCCAGUCACUUCGUGGUCUAUCGUCGAUUACUUCCAGCGCAAGAAACCGGCCUACUACGCUAUGCGCAGAGUCCUUGCCCCCAUCGCCGUUGCAGUCAAACGGGCGCACUUUGAUUGGAGCGUAGUACAUGCCAGAGUACCCAAGACUAGCGACUACGAAGUCUGGGUCGCGAGUCAGAAACUGGAGGAAGUGACAGCAACCGUUGAAUUGCGAUAUAUUAGCGUUGAGAGCGGCAAGGAGAUUAAAACGAAGAUCGUCAAGAAGGAUAUCAGGCUCAUACCGAACGGAACGACCGACGUCCUCUCAGGUACCAUCGACAACCGGAACGAAGAGCCGCAUGUCCUAGCCGUCCGCAUAUGGGUCGAUGGCGAAAUUGUGUCUCGCGAUGUCGAUUGGCCCCAGCCACUCAAGUAUCUCGAGUUCAGGGACCGCGGCUUGGAAGUCAUACCGAAGGGUGAGACUAUUGUGGUCAAGGCCCAGAAACCGACUAAAGGCCUGGUCUUCGAGGAACGUUCAGGCGUCCUUGUACACGACAGUGCUAUAGAUGUGGUGCCUGGAGAUGAGCAGAUCAUCAAGGUAAGGGGCUUGGGCAAGCAGGAUGAACCGUUGAGGUGGACAUAUUUGGGCAAAGAUUAGGCGUCAGCUCGCAGGAUUCGGAAUGUGGAGUUGCUUGGAUGAUGUGGAAGCAAGAUGACCGCUUUGUGGGGCAUAACGUGUGAAUGCGAGUACAUGUAGUUAGAGGUAUGUUCAGCGCAUGCUGACGCGCAAGUACAACAAGUCCUUGAUCAUCAAGAGCGUCGACUAGCUCAUCGGCUCGAGUUCGUAUGUCGCGACAUAAACUUUGGAACACGGCGAAUAUAGGCAAGGACCAAAGGUGUGGGAUCGCACUGCGUAAUAACCAGGCAUUGUCGAGUAGAGUUUGGACCGAAGGGUAUAUGUGAGGCUGCUAUAGGUCCAUCGUCAUGUAUAUGCCAAG